AUGAAGACAGAGCGAGCGCCGAUGACUUGUGCUGUGGCUGCAGUGUCGCUGCUGUAUGCAUAUGUCGGCAGCCUGGCAACAGAUCUCAGGGAGGUUAUCAGGGGCCGGACCAGGCUGUCUCCCCUUGCACUGGCGCUGAUUGUGGGCGUGUCGGCAGCGCUGAUUGGGGUGGCUGCUGCGCUGCUCACCACAUACACCCGGCGCCAACUCAGGCGGCGAUUGGAGGAGGAGAGCAGCAGUAAUCAAUGCGAUGAAGAGCAUGGGGAAGCAAGGCAGCCCAGCGAACAGGAUCCCUUGAUGUGA